CAGCCGAUCGCCGCCUUCCGAAUCCGACCCCGGUCCCCGUUCCACGCCGCCGCCGCCGCGGGAAGCGCCGGCCAUGGGCUGCUCCUCCUCCGUGCCAGCUGCUGGAAGUACCGGAGCGCUGAGGAACAUCGACGGCAGCUCUUCUGCUACUGACUCAAACGAGUUGCGUGCAAAGCUGGUAUUGCUCGGGGACUCAGGUGUUGGAAAAAGCUGCAUCGUCCUUCGAUUUGUUCGUGGCCAGUUCGAUCCGACUUCCAAGGUAACUGUUGGUGCAUCGUUUUUAUCGCAAACAUUGGCAUUGGAGGAUUCGACAAUAGUGAAGUUUGAAAUCUGGGAUACCGCUGGACAAGAGAGGUAUGCUGCCUUGGCACCUCUUUAUUACAGGGGAGCUGCUGCUGCUAUUAUUGCCUAUGAUAUAACUAAUCCAGAAUCAUUUAAGAAAGCACAAUAUUGGGUGAAGGAACUUCAAAAACAUGGUAAUUCUGGUAUUAUCAUGGUUCUGGUUGGUAACAAAGCUGAUCUACAUGAAAGUCGAAGUGUAGCUUCUCAGGAUGCGCAAGAGUAUGCGGAGAAGAAUAGCAUGCUUUUCAUGGAGACGUCAGCAAAAACAGCUGAUAAUAUAAAUCAAGUAUUCGAGGAAAUUGCAAAGAGGUUACCCAAGCCAACAACGUCGUGAUGAACAGCGCUGGUGUAUACUGCAGAGUGUGCGAGCGAGUGACACACACAGAAGUCUGCGCCCAUGUAAAGUUUGAUGCGAAUCCAUACGAGAGUCUGGGCAUUGCUUGAAAACAGAGGAUAAUGUAAAGCUUUCGUGUCAACUGUAUUAUAAACCGACCGUGUUAACUGCAGAAAGAAUCUUUUGUUUAGUUUUUUCGGAGACGAAUCAUACAUAGCCUAAAGGCGAAGUUGCUGGCCAUGCUAUCCGCAGGCAGCGUGACGCGUCCAUGGCCUGUACUGUUUACGCUUGAACGAGUGAUUUCAUC